AUGUGGCCUGCUAUCACGGACCCCGUCCUCGCUCUAUCUGGCGGUCUCGCAAACGAAGAACAAACCCGGCGUCAAGUAGCCCGCGAAAUCGCGAUCAAAAACGGCGAAGACCCAGACGCUCUCGCCAAGAAAGAUCAAGGACCGCGUCGGAUAGGACAAUGGUUGUGGCUAAAACCAGAGUGUGUACAAGAGUACAAGAAAUGUCAUGCAGAAGUCUGGCCCGAGGUUUUGGAGCAGAUUAAGGAUUCGAAUAUCAAGGAUUACUCGAUUUACAUGAACCUUUUCCCCCGCCCAAUGCUCUUUGCAUCCUUCAAAUACGUCGGCGAAAACUUCGACGAAGACAUGGCGCGCAUGGCGGAGAACAAGACGGUGCAGAAGUGGUGGAAGAUGACGGAUAAGAUGCAGGAGAGUCCUGUCAAGGGGGCAAAGGGUAGUGCAAAAGGACCAGGAUGGUGGGGGCAGACGGAAGAGGUGUUCUAUGUCGAGUAG